AUGAACCUACAGCAGUAAUCUAAAACCAAAGUGUUUAACAACUAGUAUUCCAUCAUCAAAAAGCUAUCAUCUGGUUCAUUUGGAGUGGUGUUUCUUGGUUAGGACAUAAUCUCCAAACAGGAAGUGGCUAUAAAGGUCGAAAAGGAAGAGAAUGAAGAAGUUAAAUCUUUGGAAAGAGAAGUGCAGAUUUUGAAGAUACUAGAUGGACUGGAGGGAUUUCCUAAAUUUUAUUGGUCAGGGGAAGAUCUCGGGUACAACAUCCUAGUUAUUUAAUUGUUGGGCAAAGAUUUGGCUUUCCAUUUCAAAUAACUCAAGAAAUUCAACUUGAAAUCCGUCCUAACCAUUGGAAUACAGGCUGUAAGUCUAUUAGAGAGAGCUCAUUUAAAUGGAGUAAUACAUAGAGAUUUAAAACCUGAGAAUAUGAUAUUGGGAUUGGGGAAUGAAAUUUCCAAGUUACACCUGAUUGAUUUUGGGAUCAGCAAAGUCUAUAGAGAUGCAAAUGGAAAACAUAUCCCUUUUAAGGAGUAAAAGUCUUUUUUAGGAACUACUCGAUAUGCAUCAAUACAGGCUCAUUUGGGUCAUGAAUUAGGAAGAAAAGAUGAUUUGGAGUCCUUGAUGUACAUUUUACUUUACUUUUUGCGUGGAUAGUUACCUUGGUAGAACAUGGGUAAUGUGACAGAUGAGGAAAGAACUAAAAAGGUAGGGGAAUUAAAGCUAUCACUUGAAGAUGAAUUGUUCAGAGAUUAAAUUCCAGAGUUUUAGAAGAUUUAUAAUGCAAUUAGAAGAUUGCAAUUUAAAUAAGAACCCAAUUAUAAGAUGAUUAUACAAGAACUCAGAAAGGCAGCAGAAUCUUCAAAUAUUGUUCUUGAUGGAAAUUAUGAAUGGUCGGAAAUAAGAUAGUCCACUCAUUUUUAAACAGAUACAAAUUAGAAUUUAAGUAAAUAGAAUAUUUAGUUCAACAAUUCAAAUGAAAUGAAAAAAUCUAUUGAAAAAUAACUAUCAGGGGCUAUUUAACAUGGGUAAGAGUAUUAAUUAAUCUUGAGCUCUUAAAACUUUUUGGCUCCCCCUCCAUUGUCUUCUAGACAUAAUUCUAUUUAAAGGGAUGAUGCUAGAAAGAAUAGUAAUUUAACUUAGCAGAGCAGCAUAGGAAAUUACUGUCAAUCAUUGAAUCCAAAUUACUAGUUAUCCAUUUGUGAUGAUAAGAGUGGAAGCAAACAAGAUUUUUUCUAAAAUAAAUAGUUAAGUUUUGAUGAUGAAAAGAUUUCAAAUUUUGACAGCUGUGAAAUUAUAGAGAAUGGAGACCUGUAGCAACCUUUAGUAUAAAAGUAUGAAAAAUUGAGAAAAGGAAUUAAAAUUAAUCUCAUAUAAAGUUUGAAAAAGCAAAUGAAAUGA